UCUCACCACCGGGCCGGAGGGUCGUGCGGGAUCCCGUCCCAAAGUGAGAGUGACCUUUUGAGAAACUGAUCCUUUCUUGAAAUCGAUAGCAGAACGAGUCGCGAAGAAUGGCUGGGAGCUGGACCAGAUAUCAGUUAGUACAGAUAUAGAAAUGGAACUUAAAACCAAAUUAUUAGCUUGUCAUAAAAAAAAAACGAAUAUAAAAGAAUGCAAAGUGUGUGAAAAUGAAAAGCCUCAGUACAAACUAAGUCGCAGAAAGUAAAACGUCUUCGGCAAGAUGUGAACACAAAUAAGCAAAUCCAAAAAACUGAUUACUGAUUCCCAACUGGCUUUGAAAAACGUGCCACAGAACGCAGGAAAAGCGAAAGAAUGUGAAGAUAACGGACGAAACCGCUGGAGAAAAGACUCUUAAUCAGUCUGACAUACAAAUUCCGUGUAAAAUAUAACAUUGAAAAUAACAUUAUUUAAAAUUUCAGCAAAAUAGAAAAGUGUCUAGAAAAUCUACCAAAAAUCAAUUAAAAACUGAAGCGCUUCAUUCAAACCAAUGUAUCAGACGAGCUUCCCUUUCAUCAAUUUUAUUUUUAACUGAUAACGUGAAGGCAGAACGAACCCUUCCAUUCACCUGUGCAGCUCAACCCACACCUAGCCCCGCCCCACCCCGCCCCGCCCCGCCCCGGCUCACCUUCAGUCGUCCCCUCCGGCAGCCCCCAAGAUGUGUAAGCCAGCCGUACCCACGCCCGCCACGGUUCCCCGGGUCCAGCUCUCACACCGACGCACACCAGCGAGGAAGGAGGAGGAGGAGGGGGAGGAACAGUGAGGGACGUCCAGGCGGGAGGAUCAGGGAGGAUGUGUGUAACGGCGGCGGGCGAGCGAGCGAGGUGCGGCGCAAUGCUAAGGAUGAUAGACAAACGGUUCUCUUGGUCACAGUGAAGUACGGGAGAGCUGCGUGUUUUUAGUGAUGUAAAAACAAGAACAAAAAAUAGAAAAAAAAAUAGCAAAAGGGAAUUCAUGAGUAAGUUUUUAACCCUUGAUCUUGAGUGCGUUUGAAAAAUACAGCUUUACAAAGUGCAAACCUUCUACCUGCAAACUGGAAACUGAGAAGGAAGAGCUCUAUCGUACUAAACGCAAGAACGAUUUAGCCAAGGCCCGAACACUCGACUCUACGAAUUCAACGGAAGCCAAACUCUCGUGAAAGGCCAGGAACACGUGAAGCCGUUUAGCAUAAGCCUGACCCCAGGAGAUGGACCCGGGGGUGGGGGGAGGGCGAGAGGGAGGGGGACAGCUUUAAUCCAGCGAAAUAGAUAGACGAAUAGUCGGAUGGGAAGAUAAGUCAGAUAGAUAGACUGAUAAAGAGAGACAAAGAGAGAGAACAAUGACGUCUCCCUCCGCACCUCCAGCCUCCACGUGACCUCUACGGUGAGACGUCAGCUUCAUCAUGAUGUCAGGGUCGGAGGUCACCUUGGAGGUCACAGUGCCUCCAUCCGACUUUAGUCUGGACCUUAUCCUGACGUCCUCGCCCUCGCCCUCCACCUCCUCGGGCACACUACCUCCCUACCUCACCAUGGAGGCUGCUAACGGUAGCCAAUCAGGGAACUGCUCGGAGCACCUCAGCCACUUCACCUGGACCAACCACAAGCUGGCCUCGAUCAUCAUCCUGGUGGUGAUCAACGCGCUGGUGCUCGCCGGGAACACCCUAGUCAUCCUGGCCGUGUUCCUCUCCAGCAAGCUGCGCACCGUCACCAACCUCUUCAUCGUGUCCCUAGCAGUGUCUGACCUCCUGCUGGGGGUGAGCGUGCUGCCCUUUAGCAUGGCCUACACCGUGUUCGAGUCGUGGGUGUUCAUGGCGGCGUGGUGCUCCAUGUGGCAGGCCAUCGACGUGUGGCUCUCCACCGCCUCUAUCCUCAACCUAGUGGUCAUCAGCCUGGACAGGUACGUGGCGGUGACGAGGCCGGUGUCGUACCCGUCACGAAUGACCCACGUGCGUGCCAAGGUGCUCAUCGCGCUGGUGUGGGUCAUCUCGUUCCUCAUCUGCUUGCCGCCGUUGGUGGGCUGGACGGGCUCUGAACGAGCCCAGACGGUGGUAAUUGAGCCCGACUGUACCCGCAGCUGCUCCCUCAACGACGACCCGUGGUACGUGGUGUAUUCGGCGUGCGGCUCCUUCUUCCUGCCAGCACUGGUUAUGCUCUUCUUCUACUGGAAGAUUUACUGCGCCGCCGCCGAGACCACGCGCGCCAUCAACCAGGGCUUCCGCACCACCAAGAACAAGCGCAUCCUUGGCAGUCGAUUCCAGGAAGAACGGCUAACCCUCAGGAUACAUCGUGGCCGCAAUUCUGUGCAGGAGCGGCACCACCGUGGUGGAUCCGACCGUCGCUACAACAACGGUCACCCCACUGGAGGUGGUGGUGACAGCGUCGUCGAACGUGGUGGUAACAUCAAGAUGAAAACGUUGCGACCACAGCUCUUUAUGAAGCCCAGCCUGGGUGUGCAGCCCGACGUGACCCGCAUGGGGGAGCGUUGUGACCUGUGCCACGAUGAGUGCACUGAUCAUGCUCCAACCACUGAUCCUGACGCCUGCAAUGCUCUUAAUACGAACUCCUCCAAGGAGGACAAUGCUCCUGCUGGGAAGCAACAACACCAACAUCAUCAUCAGCAGGAACAACAACAACAACAACAACAACAACAACAAAAACAAGAACAAGAAAAUAAAGAAAAUGAACAAAAACAAGAAAAAGAGGACCAAAAGCGCCAACAGAAACAUAACCAAAUACACAAAAAGCAGCAACGAAAACACAAACAGAGCUCUCCUGCUCCUAACAACACCCUCGCCCUGCCCAACGAGCUGCAGGUGCCAGACAGAUUUGCGGGGCAGGAGGGCGCCACCUCGCCUCCGGCGCCACCUAGGACGGGACGAGGCCGCCCCACUGGCACCUCAAGGAUGGGUCGGCGAAACAUCAAGCUGCAGGUGAAACGCUUCCGCAUGGAGACGAAGGCGGCCAAGACACUGGGAGUGAUCGUGGGCGUGUUCACUCUAUGCUGGCUGCCCUUCUUCACCAUGUACCUGGUCCGCGGGGUGUGUGCCGCCUGUGCUAUCAAUGAGCUACUCUUUGAGGUCCUGUUUUGGCUUGGAUACUGCAAUUCUGCCAUCAACCCUUUCAUCUACGCCCUUUUUAGUAAGGACUUCCGGUUCGCCUUCAAGAGUAUCCUGUGCCGGUGCGUGUGUCGGCGGGAGAUCCGGCCGCCGCGCCCCGCCCACCACGCCUCCAUCUACAUCCCUUCCUUCGACCGCGACAACGACAGCGAUGAGGACUUCCCCAAGCACUAGUGCGGCCGCCCGCCGCGCGCACAGAAACAGUGAUUAUCUUACACGUGUUCAGACCGAGUGACCGACCGACGGACCGACAACUGAACAAACUCAUGCUCAGGACCCAACCACUGGCUCUCUUUUAAAUCUCUUAAGAUGACACUUUUUCCAUUUCAAGAUAUUCAAAAGAUUUUGGUCACUGAAUUUGUUAUACAGAAAAAACUAAAAAAAACAAACUUAUUUUAAAGUUGGAAAAUCACUGAGAGUUCAAGGAAAUUUAAACCUAUUCUCAAUAGCAAACACUGUAAUAGGAAUACACACACACACACACACACACACACACACACACACACACACACACACACACACACACAAACAAACAAACACAAACACAUACUCACGAAUCAAUGAAACCCUUUUAAAUAAAGGGGUCUAGGAGAGAUUGCCAGGAAGUGUCAGUUUAUGGGGGAAAGGCUUGGCACUUCGAGGUCCCUGCGACGCCCGCCGCAGGGAGGGUCACCUUACCGACGCAAGGAGCACUUCAUCCCUAACAUGACAGGGCGUGUGCUGAGGGAGGCGCUGACGCACAAGUGUUCACACCAUUGUAUGUUCUCUUCAGUCAUUUUUAUAAAUCCCGAGAAAAUUAGAAUAUGACUGUUCCGCCGAGGUGAGAAGAUAGUAUUUCAUGGGUGAUCAUUUUGCCGAAGCUUCUCGCUUGUUUGGGCCACUCCGGCACAUGUUGUAUCGACAGAGACGAUGGUAACCUAAGGCCGAAGCUCGCAAGGCUUGCCGAGCGAGCGCUGAGGAAGGGAAGAGGAGCGAGGAGAGAGCAAGUAGUGUUCUGCUCUCCCUCCCUUGUGUCCUUACAUCUGUGAUGCUUUGCGACUAACAUCAAAAUAUUGCGCUUUGUGUUAUAUUUUGUAUGCUGGUACUCAAGAAACAUUAUGACAAGAUAUUUAAAUAUACAUGAAUUACUAUAAUGUAAGAUAUGAGAAAAACACUAUAGAGAUAUUAGGUAAUAUAUAUAUA